AUGGUUGACAGAGAAUCUAGUAACUGGAAAUUAUUUAUUAUUGAAGAAAUUCGAAAACGAAAUCGAAAUGAAAUUAAUUAUUUUGCUGAUUUAAUAUUCUACAAUAACAAAUUGAUUGAAGACUGUACUAUUUUAAGAGAUGAAAAUCUUCAGCUCACUAUCAAAAAUGAAAAACUUAGAAAGGAAUUUAGAGAAGGUGGUGGAGGUGGCAGCGGUGCAAAUCUGGAUAAAAUACAAUCACUUGAACAAAAAAUUCUUCAUCAGCAAGAAGAGUUGACAUCUUUACACAAGAGAAGAGGUGAAUAUGCCCAACAAAUAGUAGAUCUCAAUACAGAAGUUCAACUUUGUAAAAAAACAAUAGCCGAACGGGAUGCUAAAAUAGCUAAUCAGGAUGAAAUAAUCAAGAGUCUCAAAGUAGAAGUUUCACUUUAUGUAAAUCAUAUAAAAGAAUUAGAUGUCCUGAAUCAAACAAUUAGAGAUGAACAUACAGCCUUACAAUUAGCUUUUUCAUCACUUGAAGAAAAAUUAAGACAAGUUCAAAGUGAAAAUCAAAGACUUGUCGAUAGGCUAAUGAAAUAUAAAUCAAAAGAUGCUGAUAAAUUAAAUGAAGAAAAUGAAAAUUUUAUGAAAAAAAAACAAGCUGUUAUGUUAAAAGAAUUAGAAGAAGCUGUGAAAGAAUCAAACAGAGGAGUCUCCCCUGAAGUAGCCUUUGUCAUGCCAAUGACUGUCACAGCUGUUCCAACUUCACCUUAUGUACAUGUCGAUGUUCAUGAUGGCGAAGUGAAUGCAGUCAGAUGGUCUCCUGUUGAUAGAUUAGUAGCGACAGGAGGUGCUGAUAGAAAAGUCAAAUUAUGGGAUGUAUCGAAAGUUGGAAUGUGUGAAAAUAAAGGAAUAUUAAUUGGUAGUAAUGCAGGAGUCAUGUCUGUCGAUUUUGAUUCGACAGGAACAUUAAUUUUAGCAGCUUCUAAUGAUUUCGCCAGCAGGGUAUGGACUGUAGCUGAUCAGCGAUUAAGGAUUUUAAAUAUUUGCACUUAA